GUCACAGUACGGUACCGCCAAACGCGGCGGCUCUAAGGUAAACAUGUGGAAUCAGUAGAAGCCGAAAACCAAACUCUGUGCUCCGUUCUGGUGAUAUGGUGAUGUUGUUAGCUCGUUAGCUUAGCCACAUCAGCCUGACAGCUUGUUUGGAGUCAUCAUGUUCUGCAGAUGGAGAACUACACCAAGGCCCGGACGGCGGAGCAGCCGUCUGUCUGUCCAUUCCCUGAUCUCGCUCCCAACACUCCUGAGGUCCGGGUCAAAGAUGGCAGCAAGAUCCGAAACCUGCUGCGCUUUGCCCUCAGUCGCAUGGAGACCAAUGCUUUAGCUGACGAGCAGACGGGACAAACGACACAGGGAGACGGUGUGUCCUCAGAGAGGCAUGAGGACACCGCGGCGGCGGCGGCCAGCUGUCAGCUCUGCAAGCAGAUCGUCUUUACUGCCAGCGGCAAAGGCGUCUCCAAGGCCAUCACCUGUGCUGAGGUGGUGAAGCGGCGUGUGAAGGGGCUGCACCAGCUCACCAAGCUUCUGUACAGCACAGCGGUGGAAGUGUGGGAGCCCCUGGAGCCGGACGCCGGCCUGGACAGCCUCACUGUCAACAGGAACCUGCCCUCCAUCUGGAUCCUGCUCUCUACUGCACCACUAGACAGCAGUCAGCACGGGUACCAGGCACCGGGGCGAUACGAGGACCUGUGGGCUCAGACACUGAGCAGGGAGGACGGGGGAGGGGUCACCAGUCAUAAAGCUGGACAGAAGAGGAAAAGAGGAGGGGGUGGAGGAGGAGGAGGAGGAGGCAGAGGAAGAGGAAAAGGACCAGGACGUGGAAGAGCCAAAGAUGCAGCCAGAUGAGGCCGUUUAGAUUUAUGAAGCUGGAGUUCAUUUGGUGAAAAGUCAGCAUUUUAUGUUUAUGUUGUUCUAAUAGAAUGUGUUUUUAUAAUGUAUAUAUUCUGUUUAUCUGUGAGAGGACACCAUGAUUGGACCUUACUGUAGAACUGGAGACUGAACAUUGUCAACAGCUGACUCUCACACACCAAACCUCAUAGAGAAAAUCAGUGAUUUUAGAUCAAGGAUGUGUUAUUUUUUGACUUCACUUCACAAAUCCAUUGUUGAGAUUAACAGUAACAUAAAUUGUCCACAAGAGGGAGCAAUAAAACCAGUGGCUUCAGUGUCUCUGAUCUGAAAUCACUGCUUUUCUCUAUAGACUUCGUUCUGAACAGAUUCCUACACGCAGAUUUUUUAGAUAUUUCCGUGACAUUUUUGCCAAGUUUUCUGUUGAAUUUCGAGAAUCAGUUUUUCGGUCCCUGCUGCCAGCAGGGGGCGCUCACUGUGCAUUCAGCUCUGAGUAUUUUGUAUCUCUUGAAGCAGAGACAGACCUCUGUUUGAUUCUUUGGUUGAGCUUUUGUUUUGUACAAAAUGUUGAACUGUGUAAGAAAAGUUGUGUUUUCAUUAAAGAUGAGUUUGAACCUGGAAUAA